AUGUUACACCAGGAGCACCCGCUGGCGGAGGGGAGUUUCGCCCCUAUGGGGUCCCUUCAGCCGGACUCCGGCAAUGGGAGCUUAAACGGAACUGAGCCCGGUGGGGGUUCCCGGGAGACCCCUUAUUCACUGCAGGUGACCCUGACCCUGGUCAGCUUGGCUGGGCUACUCAUGCUGCUAACUGUGUUCGGCAACGUGCUGGUCAUCAUCGCAGUGUUCACCAGUCGAGCCCUUAAGGCGCCUCAGAAUCUCUUCUUGGUGUCUUUGGCCUCGGCUGACAUCCUCGUGGCCACUCUGGUCAUCCCCUUCUCACUGGCCAACGAGGUGAUGGGUUACUGGUACUUCGGCAAGGUGUGGUGUGAAAUCUACCUGGCGCUGGACGUACUCUUCUGCACGUCUAGCAUUGUACACCUGUGCGCCAUCAGCCUGGACCGCUACUGGUCCAUCACUCAAGCAAUCGAGUACAACCUGAAGCGGACGCCCCGACGCAUCAAGGCCAUCAUCUUCACCGUGUGGGUCAUCUCGGCUGUCAUCUCCUUCCCACCGCUCAUCUCCAUUGAAAAGAAGGGAGGUGACAAGCAGGUGGAGCCCCUGUGCGAUAUCAAUGACCAAAAGUGGUAUAUCAUCUCCUCCUCCAUAGGUUCCUUCUUUGCCCCUUGCCUCAUCAUGAUCCUAGUGUACGUACGCAUCUAUCAGAUUGCCAAGCGUCGCACCCGGGUGCCGCCCAGUCGGCGCAGCGACGGCAGCGAGGGUGCUGAGCGCCGACCCAACGGGCUUGCAGACCCAGGGCGUGGGGAGGGCCAACCGCUCCCUGCCAAGCUCAAUGGAACAGGAGAUCCAGCCCCAGCCGAGCGGGAGGUGAAUGGGCUGGAUUUGGAGGAAAGUUCCUCCUCAGAGCACCCAGAGCAGACACCGGGCCCUCCUGGUCCCCGGAAAGGGGAGCGGGGCCUCAGGGGAAAAAGCAAAACAAAAAUGAGCCAAGUGAAGCCGGGUGACAGCCUGCCCCGGAGAGGCGGCGAGGAAGAGCGCGGCGCGAAAGCGUCUCGCUGGCGGGGGCGCCAGAAUCGCGAGAAACGCUUCACCUUUGUGCUAGCCGUGGUGAUUGGGGUCUUUGUGGUCUGCUGGUUUCCCUUCUUCUUCACCUACACGCUCACUGCAGUCUGCUGCUCCGUCCCCCCCACCCUCUUCAAGUUCUUCUUCUGGUUUGGUUACUGCAACAGCUCGCUCAACCCCGUCAUCUACACCAUCUUCAACCACGACUUCCGUCGGGCCUUCAAGAAAAUCCUCUGCCGGGUGGACAGGAAGCGCAUCGUGUGAAGUGAAGCUGCUACUCCAAACGCCUCGGUCCCCUUCUCUCCUCACUAACUCCCUGCAGUGCCCCUCGCCCGUCAGCCUUGGCUUCUUGC